CGCGGAGGGGGAGGAGGAGGAGGUAGAGGUGGAGGAGACAAGCCGGGGGUGUGGAGCAGGGGGGGCUCGCAGAAACAAAAGGAAACCAGCUGCAGAACUUCCUGAAGGCGGAGAGGGGGGACGCGGGAGCGCGCAGCGCCGGGCGGGCAGGCAGCUGCCUGCGGCGCUGGGGAAGGGGGCGGCAGCCGGGACCCUGCCCGCCGCUCAGCCGUAGCCACCAUGACCAGCGCGAUCCUGAGGAGGAACUCCAGCAAGCAGGGCCUGCAGAACCUCAUCAGGCUGACAGCACAGUGGAGUGUGGAAGAUGAGGAGGAGGCGGCAAGAGAGCGGCGGCGGCGGGAGCGGGAAAAGCAGCUGAGGUCCCAGGCAGAAGAGGGCUUGAAUGACACCGGCUCCUGCUCUGAGAGCGCGGGUCCAGCACAGGAGAACCACUAUGACUUUAAGCCAUCUGGGACUUCAGAGCUGGAGGAAGAUGAGGGGUUCAGUGACUGGUCCCAGAAGCUUGAGCAGCGCAAACAGAGGUCUUCACAACAGUUGUAUGAAGAAGAGGACAGUGGUGUGAGGGAAGCUGAAGUCAAACUGGAGCAGAUCCAGCUAGAGAGCCCGGAGGAGAUCCAGGAGGAGAAUGUGGUCAUCAGGGAGAAAGAAAGGCUGUGCCAAGAGGAAGAACGGGUCCAAGAGCAGGAGGAAGAUGAGAGAGCUGAGCAAGAGGAAAAGAAGAGAAGGAGAAAUGAAGAGGAGGAAGAAACACCAGAAAAACGCCAGAAGGCCCCAAGUCCCACCAGCCUGGAGGAGGAGGAGGAGGAGCUGUGCUCUGACCACACUGCAGUGUGCUCCACCAAGAUCACGGACAGAACUGAGUCACUGAACCGUUCAAUAAAGAAAAGUAACAGCAUAAAGAAGACCCAGCCUCCCCUCCCUGUGUCGAAGAUCGAUGACAGGCUGGAACAGUACACUCAGGCUAUUGAGACCUCUACAAAGGCUCCAAAACCUGUCCGACAGCCCUCUCUUGACCUUCCCACCACAAGCAUGAUGGUAGCCAGCACAAAAAGCCUUUGGGAGACUGGAGAGGUUGCAGCACAGUCUGCUGUGAAGUCCUCACCCUGUAAGGAUAUUGUGGCUGGAGACAUCAUGAGUAAAAGAAGCCUCUGGGAACAGAAGGGCAAUCCCAAACCUGAGACCAACAUCAAGUCCACUCCUUCUGGCAAAAAGUUUAAAUUUGUUGCAACAGGCCAUGGCCAGUACAAGAAGGUGUUGAUAGACGAAGCCACAGAGCAAUAGUAUGCCUGGAGAACUCAUUAACCAGCUGAGCUUGGUCCUGGCUUGAUGCAGCCCUCAAUGCCACUACUUCCUCUGCUCCACAGAAGAUAAUUGAAGGACGUUUCUCUUCUCCUGCUUGAUUUCAGUCUCCUCCUAUUGAGGUGUGAACAACACCCCAUGCUGCCUUCGGCUGGAUGAAAGGAACUAGAUCAGCUGGCACAACCCAUCCUUGUUUUAACGUUCUAUGUGACUCUGGCUUUUUUUUUUUUUUUUUUUUUUAAUCCAGCUUUGUUCACUCUCUUCUUUCUGAAGCAUAGGAAGAGAGGGAUCUGAUGGCCUGCCGAGCUGGCCAGGCUUUUGCUAUGUGAUGAAUAAUUUCUACUGUUGAGGCUCCUGGUGGCUGGGUGGUGGGAGAGGGAGCUCAACAGAAAACUGGUAAAAGAAUCAGUGUUUGGAAGGAGGGCAAUGAGCAGAUCCUGAGCUUAAGGGGACCACAAGGACUGCUUGUCACUCUGUUGGUGCCAGCUGUGAGUAGAGUAUUCCCCUAUUUAUAACACAGCCUAUGUUGCCCUACAACGUUUGUGUUGAGGGACUUCCAUCUCCUGGUCUCUCUGUGUACAUCAAAUCAUAUUCAACUUAGUCCUGUGGUGUUGUUUUUUUUUUCUCCCCCCUCUAGUUCCCAGGUCAUCAUUUAAUAGCAGUUAUGUACCCAUGCCAAAACAUUCCUGCCACUUUUCCAUCCUGACAGUGGCAAUGGCAGCUUUGUUUCAAAUAGCUGCUACCACCUUCUCCCUGUCUAACAUGGGUUGGAGGUCUCCUUUCCCAGCUGAGCACUGCGGUAUUAUUUCCCUUCUCUGGGAAAGGGAUUUACUUUUCUAUAACCCAUGGGAUCCAGUGCCACCGAUUGAAAUCUUCUUUCUGAAAGUCAGAUGUGGCAGGCAUGUUGAUAACCUGCCUGCUGUGUUCCUAGAGGUGGAUGAGAUACCCAGGAAACAGCUGCUUCUCUUAUGCGGGAAGCUGCCUUGGUGAAAAGACAUCCUGGUGAUGGAGUUGACCCACCCUUCUUUGGGGAGGUCAGGUCUUGCUGUGAACAUGGGGAAAUUGAGCCUCUGAAGACUGACACUGCGGCCUUGGGCCUGAGGUCUGUAAGUCAGGACUCUUUCGGAGCUCUUCCACAUCUUUAUACUUCAUUGUGUUAGCAUGUCCCCAAACUACUUCUUAAAGUCUUAUUCCUGCCCUCUUCCCACAUCAACAUAAUUUUGCAACUUGUUUCUGCUGUCCUGGAGUGAGGGCAGCUUCUCUCUCCUCCUGCAUCAGUUUGCUUUAUGCUUAAAUGUACUGUGUCUCCUGGAUUUUUUUGUAAGCAUUUAAUAAAAUUUGAGGAAGAUGUUGUAACAA